AUGGGACUGGAUGAUUCUCACAUUAUUCCAGUGCUGGUGGAAAAAGGUUUUUCGUUCCAUCAUACCCAGCCGAACUACUUGAUGAUGACGAACUGGUUACCGGAAACUCCGUCAAGGUUGCCACGACAUUACCUCGGUUGGAAAUAUCCGGCCGGAGCUUCUGAACCUGGAGAGAGCAUAUUCGAUACUGCUGCUCGCGAAGUAUUCGAGGAAACUGGUGUGAAAGCAAUAGGAAAAGCCGUGCUAUGUUUUAGACAGCUUGCCAUGUCUCAGUAUGAAAAUGUUGGCGAUAUCUUCUUUAUGUGCGUCAUGGAUGCAGUGGAUGACUCAAAGAUGGCACGCGAGACGGAGGAGGCAGCUGAAUGUAAAUGGUUCACGAGGGAAGAGAUAAAGUCGUUACCGGGAAAUCUUAUUCGUGAUUUCCAUCACGAAGUUCUCGCUAGGUACGACAAAUGGAAAAGCGCUGGCCGACCAGGCUGUCAUAUGGAACCAUGCAAACUUGCUGGGAAAACGUGUAAUAUGUUCUAUGUUGACUGA